GGCGCCGGAAGUAGUCCCGCGCGCGGAAGAUGCUAGCUUAAGCAGGAGUCGGUGGUGCGCGCGCCUUGCCUCAUCGUGUCAACAUGUCCGACAACGAGGAUAAUUUUGAUGGAGAUGAUUUUGAUGAUGUGGAAGAAGAUGAAGGACUGGAUGAUCUAGAAAAUGCUGAGGAGGAGGGUCAGGAAAAUGUGGAAAUUCUGCCAUCUGGAGAACGGCAGCAGGCAAACCAGAAGAGGAUCACUACCCCUUACAUGACCAAAUAUGAGAGAGCCAGAGUUCUUGGUACCCGUGCACUCCAGAUAGCCAUGUGUGCCCCAGUGAUGGUAGAGCUGGAGGGAGAGACAGACCCGUUGCUGAUUGCAAUGAAAGAGCUCAAAGCUCGGAAGAUUCCCAUAAUUAUCCGCAGGUACCUGCCAGAUGGAAGCUACGAAGAUUGGGGUGUAGAUGAACUAAUUAUCACAGAUUGAUCUGUGCUCCAACCUCACCUUUACUGCAGAUUCUAAAAAUAUUUUAUUUUUGUGUAAAUAAAUAAUAAAAUUCCACUAUACGUUGA